UCACUGAUGAUUGAGAAUAGAAACGCCAAGGUGAUAGAAGUACACGUUCGAUCGUCGUAGUUGCUGUACGGUGGUCCCACGUGAAGGAGUAUUGCUUGAUCGCAUCGCUCGUCGUCAAGGGGGAGUUAAUCUAAGCGCGCAAGAAAAGAAAAAGAACAGGGAAAGACGAAAACGAGAAAGGGGGGAAAAAUCGAAGUCAAAAUCAGACGGAGAGAUGCAGCAGAGAUCGGCAUCGUCGGCGGCGGCGACGGCGGCGACGAGGAAGCGGUGCGAGGGAACGGCGAUGGGAUCCAUAACCCUCGACCUCCGCCCUGGUCUCGGGAUCGGUCCCUUUACUCUCGGGAUGUCUAUGCGCGAGGCAUUUUCCCAAAUAGAGCAUCAACCCAACAUAUACGAUGUGGUCCACGUGAAAUAUCUUGAUGAGGAGCCAUUGAAACUGGAUACUGUUAUUUGUUUUCCAGAUCAUGGUUUUCAUCUACGUUUUGAUUCAUGGUCACAAAGAUUGCGGCUUAUUGAGGUUUAUGAUGUCAAACGUCUUCAGAUGCGUUAUGCAACUUCUUUGAUCGGCGGCCCUUCCAGUCUAGCCACUUUUGUAGCCGUAUAUGCACUUUUUGGCCCUACAUUCCCUGGAAUAUAUGACAAAGAGAGAGCUAUAUAUACUCUACUCUACCCGGGAUUAUCCUUUGCUUUUCCUAUUCCCAGCCAGUACACAAGUUGCUUUCAUGAUGGGGAAGUAUCAGCAGAGCUCCCUCUUGAAUUUCCUGAUGGAACAACCCCAGUGACAUGCCGUGUGUCAGUGUAUGAUAGCUCCUCUGACAAUAAGGUUGGUAUUGGAUCGUUGAUGGAUAAAGCUUCAGUUCCUCCAUUGCCUGCCGGCAGUUUAUACAUGGAAGAGGUGCAUGCUAAGCUUGGAGAAGGAUUACAGUUCACAAUUGGAGGUCAGCACAUACCGUUUGGUGCAUCCCCACAGGAUGUGUGGACUGAACUUGGGCGCCCUUGUGGAAUCCAUCAAAAGCAGGUCGAUCAAAUGGUGAUUCACUCUGCUUCUGACCCACGUCCCAAGACUACUCUCUGCGGGGAUUACUUUUACAAUUAUUUUUCCCGAGGUUUGGACAUAUUAUUUGAUGGCCAGACACAUAGAAUCAAGAAGUUUGUUUUACACACAAAUUUUCCUGGACAUUCAGAUUUCAAUUCCUACAUAAAGUGCAACUUCGUUAUCUAUGACACCAACACUGAAGACCCUACUCAAGGGGGGAACUGUCUAAAAAGUUGCAUUAUGCCAAGUACAAAGUGGGAGCAAGUGAAGGUAACAGAGAUCCUUGGGGAUGGUGGUCGUGCUGCAAUUCAGACACAAGGCUCUAUGAAUAAUCCUUUUGGAUCAACUUUUGUUUAUGGUUAUCAGAAUGUAGCUUUUGAGGUUAUGAAGAAUGGGUAUAUAGCAACUGUUACUCUAUUCCAGUCAUAAGGUCGGGGUAUAACAACUGUUUAUUUAUUUCAGUCACAAGGAAGGUUGGAUUUGUACAGGAGCGGAUAUUUAAUACCGAGGACCUUUGUACAGUGAAAGUGCUGUCCUAUGUGUAUAACUUGUAGUUCACUUGUAAAUUAAUUAGAUUUAAUGGGGGGAAAAAAUAACGUAUCUCAGAUGGUUCUGCUGGUUGGGUUAUGCCCUUCCACAGUUAUGAUUGCUAACUCUUACUUCCAAACUGAGGGAUAAGAUUUGGAAAUUAAUUAUCCAUUAGCAACGUUCUGUUA